AAUAAUUCUGAGGUUCUUGCUAUUGAAUACCAAAAGGAAUCACUGGAGUUGCAUUCUACGGAUUCUCUUCUUGCAGAUACUCAAGGGAUGAGGUACAAGAUGAUAGUGGUAAGAAAAGAAAAAGGUACAAAGAGACAUGAGCAAAGGUUUCUAGAGGGAAAUCUGGAGGGAAGCCAGUAGAACAUUCUGGUGAUAACUUGGAUGGGAGCAGCCAUUAUGCGGAUGUCCUUGCUGUCCAAUAUCUGAAGGAAACAUCAGUGUUUUAUGCUAUGGAUUAUGUUUCUUCAUUAACUCAGGAACAUGAUGUACAGAACCUCAAAAUGGAAUACAAGAAAGUUCUGGACCGGGUCCUCAAACCAAUAAUAAUGCUUCAAAUAAUGGAUUUACUGGAAUUGGCUCAACCACUUAUUCAGUUCCGAAUGAUGUGGUUUUGCCAAGAAUCGUUUUCUGCCUAGCUCACCAUGGGAAAGUUGCUUGGGAUGUGAAAUGGCGUCCCCAUGACGAACAUAAUUCUAGAUGCAAGCAUCGAAUGGGCUACCUUGCUGUUUUGUAGGGAAUGGGUCUCUGGAAGUGUGGGAAGUUCCUGCUCCUCGUGCAAUUGAAGUUAUUUAUUCUUCAUCUGAAGAGGGCACUUAUCCUCGCUUUCUAAAAUUGGCACCAGUAUUUAGAUGCUAUCUGUUGAAGUCUGGUGAUAAUAAAAGCAUCCCCCUUACUGUGGAAUGGUCAACUGCACCACCUCACGAUUAUUUGAUUGCUGGAUGCCAUGAUGGAAUGAUACAAGGCCUUUACUUAGUUUCAGCGCAGAUAUGAAUUCUAUUAGGGUGCUUUCUUGGGCUCCAGUUCAAAGCAAUUCAGACAGUGCAAAUGUAAUAGCUACUGCUGGACAUGGAGGCCUAAAAUUUUGGGAUCCACGCUUAUUACGUCCAAAGCAGUGGAGAAAGAUGCUAUACGGAACCGGGCGUCACAUUUUCUGUGUGCUCACUAAUGAAGAGGAAUCUGUGGUAACCAUCAAUACCCCAGUACCUAAUAAUCCUUUCCCAUUGAGAACAUCUCGUAAAGCUGAGCUAAACAAAGUGAAGAGAGAACAUGAUAAAAUUGCAACUGCUUCAGAAGAUCAAGUUUUAGCUCUUUGUUAUGUAAUGAUCCGGGUAUUGAAUUAGAACAUGGGAAAGAAGCGGCAUCUGUUAAAAGCAAAACUCGCAGAUCUGGGGAUGACCGAGCAUUAGUGUGCAUGGAUCAAGAGCCAUUUAAUAUUCAGGAUGAACAAACUGGCGAUAAGGGUACAUCGCUUAAAAGUUUUGUAAAACAAAAAUGCAAGUCGAGUAAGAAAAUUACAGAGGAUGAACAAGAAGUGGUAUGCAGAGAUGAAGAGCUAAUUAAUACUUGGGACCGAGUAUGAAGUAUUUCCUUCCAAGCUAGUAGCAAUGCAUAGAGUGAGGUGGAACAUGA